AUGAAGCUGGUCAACUUUUUGAAAAAACUGCGUAAUGAGCAAGUUACCAUCGAGUUAAAGAACGGUACCACAGUUUGGGGAACACUACAAUCAGUAUCACCACAAAUGAAUGCCAUCCUAACAGACGUAAAGUUAACGCUGCCACAACCUCGGCUAAAUAAAUUGAACAGCAAUGGGAUUGCAAUGUCUAGUUUGUAUUUGAGUGGGGGUCAACAAGCCACGACAGCUACGACGGGUGACAAUAUAGCAAGUCUGCAAUACAUCAAUAUUAGAGGUAAUACCAUAAGACAGAUAAUCCUGCCGGACUCAUUGAACCUGGAUUCGCUGCUGGUUGACCAAAUGCAACUAAACACCUUAAGAAGAUCGGGCCAAGUUGCCAGUGACCCUAAUAAAAAGAGAAGACGUGACUUUAGUGCUCCAGUGAAUAAAAGACCAAGAAGAGGUCUAUGA